AGGCCUGGAAAGGAUCAGUCGACGUCGGGGGGGGGCAAGCUGCUUGUCAUUCCAGAAGGGAGGUUAAGGCCGGAGACACCUCUUCUUGCUACAAAGUUUGCAACCGAAUGCAAUGUCACAGUCAGAGGCCAUGUGCCCGUGUUUAAACGCUGGAAGGAUUACAAGGACCCAGGCGGAAAUGUCCGAGAAGGGAUCUUCCAGAACUUUGUAGGAAAAGUUGGUAACAAAUUUGAGAUGGACGUAAAAGCUGUGCCCGUUAGGAAGGCUUGUACGCAAAUGCUGAAAGGUGCAAUUCGCCAACAACGAUACAGGCUCAAGCAGAAGUAUUUUGAUCCUUUCCCACUCAAUUUGGUGACGGAAACUUCUCCAGUCUGCUCGAUGACUGAUGACCAGUGGAAUGAGCUUGUUGAAAGCUGGAAGGAUCCCCAAAAAUGGGAGACAAAUACAAGGAGAAAGAACCCACUGCAGUGGAUUUAUUCAAAGAGUGCCACUACAGCAGCAAAAAGAAAGGCUACACACCGAUGCUGUGCAAGCUGCAAUUGAUGAAAUGGAAGAGAAAGCUACUCAACCUACAAAAGAUGGCCAACAAUCCAACUCUGCAACCAAGGCUGUGGCUGAAGUUCUUACUAAGCACACUAAGAAGCCAAUGUUUCUUAAGCAUGUGGGGGUCCAGCACGUGCAUGAGAGAUCCAGUCGUAGCGACCGUAAGGCAGAACAGGAAGCGCAGAAGAGGGGAAAUGCUGAGCUUCGGGCCCUUGUUGAAACCUUGAACAAUAAGUUACAGGAAUCAGAAGAAGCAAGGAUCAGGCAAGAAGAAGAAAGGACCAAGUAAGAAGAGGAGAACAGGAAAAAGCAAGCUGAGCUGGAAGCUAAAUUAGACUUUUUACUAAAUCAGAUUCAUCCAAGAUAAGCUCAUGAGUAAGUUGUUUGUCCAAGCAAAAUUCUGCUAGAAGCUAUGAAUGUGGUGGAACCUGCCUUCUGCUAUAUGUUAUUUUGUAGUGCAAACUGCUUAUGAUGUUGCUGGAUGCAAACUAAGUAUUUUGCUGGCAGAUGGAAGUUGUGUUGGAUGUGUUAUGUUUGAUGGUU